ACAAAUCAGGAGUUCAGCUGGGGUGGGGCUGGGUUGCAUUUUAUUUAGUUUCCAUCCACCUCUGUUUCAAAUGUCUUGAGGGUGGGAUAAGAACCCUGUGUUGACAAGGACCGUGGAGUCUUAGCGUUGUGAGACUAGAGAUUUCUGUCUGUGGUCCAGCUGAGCCUCUGGCUCUGUGCUGUGCUGCAGACCCAGUUCCAUGGAGGGAAUGUGGACGGCGGGAUGCGCACCCUGCGGGGUCCCCUGGAGCUGGGUCAGCCUGACAGCUCAUGCGCAGCCGUCGAGAGUCGAGCUGCUGCUCUCUUCCGGGGGCAGCUUCCCUCUAUCUGGCCGGCUCACCCCUCCAUGUCCUGUGUCUAGAGACUCGGCACAUCUCCACGGGCAUGGAAGCAGCCACCAACCUCUGGGCAACUCGAAAGGGACAAGCUUGUUCUGGAAUUUAGUUCAUUUAGACUUGUUUUUUCUCUCUAGCUUUAUUGAGGAGGACCAGCUUGAAAAACCCGAUGAACCCACUAAAGUUGAGCCUCAGCAGAAAGAGGGGCCGACCAGUUUAUCCUCAGAGCCACUGGCCUCCAAGAAGGUGGAGGCUGAAGAUUUGACUGUGGUUGCUGCCAAGAGAGUGGAUGAUGCUAAUAAGAGACCCAAGAAAAUCCCAGGAAACAAAAAUACCUCCCCUCCCAGUAAUCCAGAAGCUAUAAAGAUCCGGGCGUGGUGGCGGGGCACCCUGGUGCGCAGGACGCUGCUGCACGCGGCGCUCAGAGCAUGCGUCAUCCAGCGCUGGUGGCGGCUGACGCUGGGGGAGCUGCUCCGGAAAAGAUGGCGGACGGCCCUGGAGACCUUUACAUGGAAGGAAUGGGCAGCGGUCAGGCUGCAGGCCUGGGUCUGCAUGUGGCGCCUCCGCCAGUGGUAUUGCCGCUUGCUGCUCGCCGCCCGCGUCAUCCAGGCCUACUGGAGGUUCCACUCCUGUGCCUCCCAGGGGGUUAUCCAGGGCCACUACAGAGUCAUGGCCAACCAGCUGCAUCUCGAGCUGGAGAUCUGCGUUGUGAGGGAGUGUAUUCCCCUCCCAAUAAAGCAGUGAUGCGGUCCUCACCCAGCCUCUCUCUUAGGGACAAGCCCGGAGGUCAGGGUCAUGAGGCAGAGCGUCCCCUGCUUGCUCUGAGGACGUGGCAGGGUGUCGGAGGCCCUAG